AUGGACCAUCCCACAACUGCUGUCUACAACACUGAUUCUAGUCCGAUGCCGUUAAGAGUCUGCGAUAGGUGCAUUCGCAAGAAGGUUAAGUCAACAAAUCCAGCCCACAGGCGCCAUAGCGACUCCACAAGGGAGGAUCCGUCCGGUGAAGAAGCCACCACUGCCUUGGGAAGUGAUGUCUUGCAAGCUCCACUUGACUCUUCACCCACUACUGUGGCCACCACUCCCCAGACGCCAGCCAACGUCACUCGAGUUUCCAGCCAAUUUCAUUUUCCCCACCAGCAGGCAGGGUAUCUCCUUGAGAGUUACUUCGAUAUUGUUCAAGAUGCGAAUCCUAUCUUCUCCAGAGAGCUAUUCUUCCAUCGCUAUCGAAGCUCCCAAUGCAGUGAAGAUCUAAUUUCAACAAUAUUGAUCAUUACUGCAAAGCUUACCGGGUUUACUUUAAUCGAAGAUGACCCACUCAAUCUGGACAUCUGCCUGGAUCAAUUACUUAGCUCAAGUAUAUUGGAGGACGAUCUGAUUGGAGAUAUUCCAUCGCUCGAUCAGUUUCGAAAGACCUAUCUUCUGGCAUUCUAUGAAUUCCAUCAGUUCCCGGGACAUCAGUCUUGGCUGCGGGUGGGUAGAGUCACACGCAUGGCCUAUCGCAUUGGUCUCGACCGCCUAGACCUUAUUCGCAAGCUAUAUCCCGACUGGAGUACCGUUAGCCAUGAGGAUAUCCAAGAAUGGAGGUCACUCUGGUGGUGUAUCUAUCGUCUCGACGCCUAUUCUAAUCUCUCUUCCGGGACACCAUAUCUGAUUGAUGACACCGUCAUACGUACUUCAUUUGUUCAAAGCCACACAACUCAGUCAUCUGAUGUUACUGACCCUUCUCUGGAACUAUAUCUACCUCCCAACUUCGAAGAUCUGUCGAAAGUGCUUCUUGCUGCGUCUCAAAUCCCACAGACGUUAUUGAGAAACGUUCACAACAUUACAAUCGCUACUCUGCGCCAGGCCGGGCUUGUUCUGCGGUUGAAUUUACUACGAUCACAAGAGGGGAUAGUUGCACAAAUUGCAAAGGUUGAGCGACAGCUUGCUACCAUUCGUCUAGCCCUCCCUCCCGGCUGGCUCAACCCAAGGCGCAAUGCAUUCUCUAACGAGUCCCAUAUUGAUCACCACGCACGGACAAUCACAGUCCUUCAUCUACGAAUGGCACAAUUACUCCUCUCCAUCGCAGACCCUGGUCUGAGAAAAGGCGAUGAAUGGUUGAUGAGCUGGCAGCAUGUUCUUGAAGCAUGUCAGGAUAUCGCAUCUAUCGCAGAUCAAUGGGAUAGCUCAUUUUGCCUUGCUGUCGAUCCGGCAAUUUCAUUCACCAUUUUCACGGCUUUGAUCUUCCUCGAUCUCCAAAAAAAGACUGUCAAUACGGUGGGGCACAAUCAAAACCCCAAUAUCGAUCAUCAUAUCACCAUACUGCACCUUCAACUGCAGCAUUUUGCUAAGAUUUGGACGUUACCAAGGCUUCUUCACUUAUCUUUCGAAAGCUUCAGCCAAUCAGUAUCUGGCCCACUUUCCCAUCACCAUGUUGCUGUGAUUCUGUCGCGGUUUGAAGCGCCCUUACAUCCUCGAUGGUUGCAAUUUCUCUCAUCGGCCAACGCAAUUCUUGCGGACUGUCAAUAG